CUUCACUCGUUUCCUUUCUUCCUCUCUCCAAAAAUGGCUGCUAAUUCUCCAACAAUACCAUAUCUCAUAGUCAUUUUCUUAACAUACAUAAGCCGUUUGAUGCCCACCUUAGGAAAUCCAAACCCGUGGACAAAUUUGCUGCCAGCCAAGCUUCAAACCCUCCAAGUCGCAAACAGGCUUCGCGAUGACCCUGAUGCCAUCAAACUAGCCUCUACGGAUUAUGGCAAUAUUGUUCGAGAGAUCCCAGCCGCUGUUCUUUAUCCAUCUUCCGUCAAUGAUAUUGCAAGCUUAAUAAAGUUUGCGCACACUAGCUCCACUCCUUUCACUAUAGCUGCCAGAGGCCAAGGCCAUUCUGUUCGAGGACAGGCAAUGGCUCGAAAUGGGGUUGUCGUGGACAUGACAUCCUUAAAAAACCACAGAAAUGGCUACGGAAUCACUGUCUCCUGGAGCCCUUCCAUGGGGUUUUAUGCUGACGUAGGGGGGGAGCAGCUUUGGGUAGAUGUCUUGCAUGCCACGCUUGAACAUGGACUUGCACCGGUGUCGUGGACCGACUAUUUGUACAUAACGGUUGGGGGGACGCUCUCUAAUGCCGGGAUUGGUGGGCAAACCUUCCGUUACGGUCCUCAGAUCAGCAAUGUGUACGAAAUGGAUGUCAUCAAUGGGAAAGGGGAUUUUGUGACUUGCUCACCACAAAAGAACACGAAGCUUUUUCAUGCGGUUCUUGGAGGUUUGGGGCAGUUUGGAAUUAUAGCCAGAGCCAGAAUUGUCCUAGAGCCAUCACCAAAGAGGGUCAAGUGGGUUCGAAUGCUUUACAAUGACUUCUCAGCAUUUGCUAGAGACCAAGAGCAUUUGGUUUCAAUCAAUGGAAGGAAGCAAAAGAAUGCACUUGAUUACUUGGAAGGUUUACUUCUCAUGGACCAGGGUCCUCCUGAUAAUUGGAGAUCAUCCUUUUUUCCAUUAUCCGAUCACUCCAGAAUUAUUGCCCUUGUAACCAAAUAUGGAAUCAUCUACUGUCUAGAAGUGGCCAAAUUUUAUGAUGAUCGCAGCAUUAAUUCUGUAGACAAGGAACUCCAAAAUAUGUUUGAAGGAAUGAGCUUUAUCCCGGGAUAUAAAUUUGAGAAAGAUAUCUCAUAUGUAGAUUUUCUCAAUAGAGUCCGAAGUGGAGAGCUAAAGCUUCAGUCACAAGGACUAUGGGAUGUUCCUCAUCCGUGGCUGAAUCUCUUUGUGCCGAAAUCUCAAAUCUCGGAUUUCAAUUCUGGUGUUUUCAAGGACAUUGUAUUUAACCGUAAUAUUACAACAGGGCCUGUUCUUGUUUAUCCCCUGAACCGCAGCAAGUGGGAUGAUAGAAUGUCUGCGGUUGUACCAGAUGAGGAUGUUUUCUACACCAUAGGGUUUUUGCAUUCAAGUGGGUUUGAUGACUGGAAAGCCCUUGAUGUGCUAAACAAAGAGAUACUGCUGUUUUGUUAUAAUGCUGGAAUUGAGGUUAAGCAAUAUCUUCCCAAAUAUUACAGGACAAAGGAAGAAUGGAAAAAACAUUUUGGAAAGAAAUGGAGAACUUUUCAAGAGAGAAAAUAUCAGUUUGAUCCGAAAAUGAUUCUAUCACCAGGACAGAGAAUUUUCAAUGACAAUUAGUGCAUCAACUAUUAAUUAUUAGUACCAGUAAUUGGAGUUUAAUUAGAAUUAAUUAGAAGGGGAAAUUGGGUUAUUAUAAUAAUUAUCCUUUUUUUCUUUUG